UAAAAAAUUACUGAAGAAAAAAACAAUAUAAAAGAAAAGCAAACAAAAAAUUGGGUGUGAUUAUAAUUGUGGAAAUGAAAAGUCAGACGAGCACUGUGGGGUGUUGUUCGUUCGCUUGCUGUUCUUCUUCGUGAUUUCUUCUUCUCCUUUUUAUUUCUUUUAAUAUAUUUUUUUGUAUAUUUCACCUCUAAAACAAAAAGAAAAGAAAAUGAUUCUCGGAUUUAUUAAUGAUCUUGUCGAUAUUGCUCAACGUUUAAUGUUUAUGAUUUUUAUUUGUAAAAUCCCCAAUCACAUUCCUAGUAGUAGUAGUAGAAACCGUAGAGAAAGAGAGAGAGAGAGAGAAAAGUUUUUUAUUUUGUUUUUCUUUUUGAGUUGAUUAUUAUUCUUCUUUACUUCUCUUUUUCGUCAAACCAAAACAAUCCAACGGUGUUCGUGUUCUUCAUCAUCUCCUCAAAGAAGAAAGAACAAUCCUUUCGUUUAAUCUCAUAUCUUCAUCACCAGUCUUCUCAAGCUUUUGUUUUGAUCCCUUCUGUUCAAAAAUGGAAGAUGGGUCUGAAGGAGACAAGAACAAAACACCUGAAGGUGCUGCUGCUACUGAGAGUAAGAGUAAACGUAAAAUGAAAACAGCUGCUCAGCUUGAAGUUCUUGAAAACACCUACAAAGCUGAGCCGUAUCCUUCGGAAGCUCUAAGAGCGGAUCUCUCAGUUCAGCUGAAUCUCUCCGACAGGCAGUUACAGAUGUGGUUCUGUCACCGCCGUCUUAAAGACAGGAAGUCUUCAACUCCGACCAAACGCCAGCGUAAAGAGUCCACACCUUCGGCGGCUGAGUCAUCAAAACAGGCCGCCGCCGUCAAUGCCGCUGAUUUGGUGGCGGGAAAUGAGCAUAACUCGUUUCCUCACGAGCUUGAUUCCAGAAGAACCGCUCGAGGCGGUGGUGGUGUAACGGUGGUUAGGCGGUUCAAUGAACCGUCUCCGUCUGAGGUUAGAGCCAUUGGUUACGUGGAAGCUCAGUUGGGAGAGCGUCUGAGAGAAGACGGACCCAUUCUUGGAAUGGAGUUUGAUCCUUUACCUCCUGGUGCAUUUGGGACCCCUAUAGAGAUGCCAACCCAUCGAAAGGCAGCGACUAGGCCGGCUUUUGAGACCAACUUAUAUGUCCGGUCCGAUGUAAAGCCUCUUAAAGAAUCUGUGAGGACUAUUCGUGAGUAUCAGUUCCUUCCGGAGCAACCAUCUUCAAGGACUGAUCAUUCCGAAAGAGCUUCUCCGGCGUCGCAUCAUUAUGGAGUUCCACUUGAUGCUUCGGUGGUUAUGAGGGCUUCAUCAGUCUCUGGGGGACAUCGGGAUGACUAUAAAGUUUCGCCACAGAUACCAAAUUUAAACCUUUCAGCUCAUCACGUCAAACCAGGGCACGUCUUGGGCGAAUACGACUCACCGUACCAGAAGAGCUACGUGGAUCCUGCUCUACAUGGAAACAAGGAUCCUUUUGUGAAGUCCGAGAGAGAAGUUGGUAUUGAUGAUGAUGAGGAUGAUGGUGAUGGUGAUGAUGAUGAUGAUGAUGUUCUCCUGCAACUGGAGAGAAAACGCAAGAGUGAAGAAGCAAGAAUAGCUCGGGAAGUGGAGGCUCAUGAGAAGAGAAUCCGAAAAGAGCUUGAGAGACAAGAUAUGCUGAGACGAAAGAGAGAGGAGCAAGUAAGGAAAGAAAUGGAGAGGCAAGACCGUGAAAGACGGAAAGAGGAAGAACGGCUUUUACGUGAAAGGCAGAGAGAGGAAGAGAGGUACCUCAAAGAGCAGAUGAAAGAGAUGCAGCGAAGAGAGAAGUUCUUGAAGAAAGAAACAAUCAGGGCUGAGAAGAUGCGACAAAAAGAAGAGAUGCGUAGGGUGAAAGAGAUUGCAAGGCUUAAAGCUGCUAACGAGAGGGCAAUGGCUCGUAAGAUUGCUAAGGAAUCAAUGGAACUUAUUGAAGACGAACGCUUAGAACUCAUGGAGGUGGCUGCGUUAUCCCUAGGAUUGCCUUCAAUGAUCGCACUCGACUUUGAGACUCUACAGAACCUCGAUGCAUAUAGAGAUAAGCAGGUGACAUUUCCACCAACAUCUGUAGAUUUGAAAAAGCCUUUUGCUGUGAAACCAUGGAAUGGUUCUGAUGAGAAUAUUGCUAAUCUUCUUAUGGUGUGGAGAUUCUUAAUCAAUUUCGCGGAUGUUCUUGGCCUUUGGCCAUUUACUCUGGAUGAGUUUACUCAAGCAUUCCAUGACCAUGACCCACGACUCAUGGGAGAGAUACACAUUGUUCUUUUGAAGACUAUAAUCAAAGAUAUUGAAGGUGUUGCAAGAACACUCUCAGUCGGCGUCGGAGCAAACCAGAACGCUGCAGCUAAUCCCGGAGGGGGUCAUCCUCAUGUCGUAGAGGGUGCAUAUGCGUGGGGGUUUGACAUACGCAGCUGGAGAAAAAACUUGAAUGUUUUUACUUGGCCUGAGAUCUUGAGGCAACUCGCUCUCUCUGCCGGGUUUGGACCGGAACUUAAGAAACAAGACAUAAAAACCAUGUCUGUUCACGAUGAAAACGAGGCCAACAACUCUGAAAACGUGAUAUUCAACUUAAGGAUAGGAGCAGCAGCCGAGAAUGCUUUUGCCAAGAUGCAAGAAAAGGGUCUUUCUAAUCCGCGACGUUCACGGCAUCGUUUGACUCCAGGCACAGUUAAAUUCGCUGCCUUCCACGUCCUGUCUAUUGAGGGUGAAAAGGGUUUGACAAUCCUCGAGGUUGCAGAGAAGAUUCAGAAAUCAGGAUUGAGGGAUCUAACUACGAGCAGGACACCGGAAGCCUCGGUUGCUGCUGCGUUGUCUCGAGAUACAAAACUAUUCGAGAGGGUGGCUCCUUCUACGUACUGUGUGCGUCCUUCAUAUAGAAAAGACGCAGGUGAUGCCGAGACUAUAUUCGCUGAAGCGAGGGAGAGAAUACGCAUGUUCAAGAGCGGUGUUACCGAUGUGGAAGAUGUUGAUGAAGCUGAGAGAGAAGAAGAUUCCGAAAGCGAUGUAGGAGAUGAUCCAGAGGUUGAUUUGAACCUCAAAAAGGAAGAUCUUGGUGCUCUGGAGGAGAUAGGAAAGUUAACCGGUGUAGAACCCUCGUUGGAAAAUGGGAAACUGGAAACAGAACCGGAGGCAAACCCUCUUACUCCCUCUCUCCCUGAGGAAUCUACAAAAGAUGAGAAAAUAGAUGACAUCUUACCGGAUCAACAGGAUGCAGUGGCUAAUGAUGGUGACUGUUUUGACGUGAGCAAACUUGGAGAACAAUGGGUGCAAGGACUCGUAGAAGGAGAUUAUUCGAGUCUCAGCAUCGAGGAACGCUUAAGCGCACUUGUCGCUCUGAUUGGUAUUGCAAUCGAAGGAAACACAAUCCGAAUCUCCCUUGAGGAACGUUUGGAAGUUGCGAGUGCGUUAAAGAAACAAAUGUGGAGUGAAGUUCAACUCGACAAACGAUGGAAAGAAGAGUCUUUGAUCCGUGCAAAUUACCUCUCAUACCCAACACCGAAGAUUCAAGAAAGCCCAUCAGCGGAUGUGACACCAAUCUCCUCACAGGACCCGUUGAGUCUUCCACAGAUCGAUGUCGCAGGACCAAGCUUGCAGUCGCAAGAGAACGUUGCUGGAAUGGAGAAUUUGCAGUAUCAUCAUCAGCAGCAGCAGAGUUACACAGCGGACCGAGAAAGGCUACGUGCAGAGUUGAAAGCCUACGUUGGAUAUAAAGCUGAAGAGCUAUAUGUAUACAGGUCACUUCCGCUCGGUCUAGAUCGAAGACGCAACCGUUAUUGGCGGUUUUCAGCAUCCGCCUCUCGGAACGAUCCUGGUUGUGGUAGGAUUUUCGUUGAGCUUCAGGAUGGUCGAUGGAGACUCAUUGAUUCAGAAGUGGGUUUUGACUGUUUGGUGAAGUCACUAGAUGUCCGUGGUGUACGUGAAUCACAUCUGCAUUUCAUGUUGCUAAAGAUGGAAGCUUCUUUUAAAGAAGCAGUGAGGAGGAAUGUGGAGACGAGUACCGGAUUAGACUUGGAUUCUGAUACUGCGGACAUCUUGUCAACGUUUAAGAUAGAGCUAGGGGAUGGUGAGAGAUGCGGAGUGUUGCAACGGUUCCAGAGUUUUGAGAGAUGGAUGUGGGAUAAUAUGCUUCAUCCUGGUGCGUUAUCCGCGCUUAAGUACGGUGCUAAGAAGAGCACUACGCUUUUCCACAUUUGCAGAAGCUGUGGGGAACUGCACUUUGCAGUGGAUGUUUGCUGCCCUGGUUGUGGUCAGGUGAUGAUGAGUGGUGGUUUGGAUGUUAAUGAACUGUGUUUUGCUGACCAAGUGGCUCGACUCGGAGAAGAUACUGGAUUUAUAUUGCGUGGCUCGCACCUGUCUCCUCUCAGGAUAAGACUACUCAAGAUUCAGUUAGCACUUGUUGAAGCUUCUCUUCCACCCGAAGGACUUCAAACUCAUUGGACAGAGAGUCUCAGAAAAACUUGGGGUCUUAAGCUGUUGUUAUCAAGUUCCCCUGAAGAACUUCAUCAGGUUCUGACGAUGUUGGAGGUCGCGCUAAAGAGAGACUUCCUGUCUUCAAACUUUGAAACAACUUGUGAACUAUUGGAUUUAUCAGAAGAAGCUCUUCUCAGAGAUGUUAAAGUACUACCGUGGACACCGAAGACCACGGGAGGUGUAGCUUUGAGACUCUUUGAACUCGACAGCUCCAUUGCUUACACACCUGAUCAAAACAAGGAUCCUCAAAAGGACAAAGAAUCUGAAGAUUUUGUCGGUUUGGAGACGAAUUUUCUGAGGAAUGUUCAAGAAACUGACGUAAUCGAGGCUACUCCGGUGCAAGUUGCAUACGCUCAGGAAGACACGGAGCCGGGUUUAGGUAGAGGUCGACCACCACGAGGACGUGGCCGGCCUCGUUCCCAACGUGGCAAGAAACCAUCACCGGCUUCUGGUAAACCACCACGAGGUGCAGCAAACUCAAAUGGCGAACCGAUGUUGAGGCCGAGAGCUCAACCGCGUGGGGGUAGGAAGAAAGGACGACGCAGCAGCGGCACGAGAACAAGACCGACGAAAGGAACGCUGGGUAUAUCCAAUGAGGUAGUAGGAGUAGGAGGAGGAGGAGGAGGAGGAGGACGUCGGGGUAAGGAAGUUAAUGUAAAUGCCAAAACCAAUCUUCACGGUUGGGUCGAAACGCCUGAUGAUGAUGGAGAAGCUAGCAGCUCGGGCAGAUCGUUUCAGUAUGAUGAUGAUGUCAUGGCUCCGGUUGAUGACUUUGGGGAAUCGAGUAAAUUAGUAGGUAGAGGUGAGUUUAGCUUACAUAGUGAUGAUGAGUACGAAGAAGAAGAAGAAGAAGAAGAAGAAGAAGACAUGGACACGAAAAUGAACGUUGAUGAUGAAGAUGAAGAUUACAUAAACGAGGAGGAUUCUGAUGGUGGUAGAGAGCAGGCGUCGGAGAUGAUAAGCAUGGAAGCAGCAGCUUCUCAGAGAAGGUUUCCGUUUGAAGAUCCUGAUCUUACAUCUUCGUCUUCCUCUGAUUUUCAGUGACUAAUUAAGAGACAGGAAACUAGUCAACGUGUCUUUUUGUUUGUUGUAUUCUUCCACAAGGUUUCUUAGUUUAAACAUUUAUCAUUAACCCUUUUUCAAGAAAAUGUAACAUCAGUGUGAUUGAUCUCUU